AUGAUUCACACUCUGAUUCUUAUUGGCGUUUUACUUCACAUUGGUGAUGGAGCUUGGGUUAUUAAUCAAAAUAUAAGAGUGAAAUCUGGAUCUCCAGGCAUUAUUCCAUGUCCAUAUGAAGAACAAUAUAAAGAACACCAGAAGUUUUGGUGUCAGGGAUACUUUUGGAGCACCUGCAAUUUAUUGGCAUUUGGAAAUGAAACAGGAAAGAAUUUUUCCAUCACUGAUUAUCCAGCUCAGAGUGUUUUUACAGUGGAAUGGCAGAAUCUGCAGCCGUCAGACUCUGGACAUUACUGGUGCGCUGUGGAGAUCGGUGGUCCUGGGACACUAGAUGCUGGUUAUUAUGUGUAUCUGACAGUACAAUCAGCUCCUGAUGUGUCUGUGAUGAGCAGCAGUGUAUCUGGACAUGAAGGUGGUAAUGUCAGUGUUCAGUGUUUCUACAGUUCUAGAUAUAAGGCUUACAACAAACAGUGGUGCAGAGUUAAAGAUAAGAGCUGUUACGCAGUGGAGAGAUCUGACACAUCCCAGAGUUCAUCAGUGCAGAUCAGUGAUGAUGGUGAAAGCUCCUUCACUGUGCUGAUGACUGGACUGAGACUCUCUGAUUCUGGAUGGUAUUUCGGCUCUGUUGGAAAUCUGCAGGUUCCUGUUCAACUCACUGUCACUAAACCUGAACACAAAGACCUGUACACAACACAGCCGUCUGCCAAACUAAUUCCUACAACAGCUUUGACUGCCGUUUCAAAACUCAGGACAAACAUACUGAACAAGGAGCAUUUCUGUCUGUCAGAGGCCUAGAUGUGUUUCUCCAUCUCACCCUGAAGAUUCAGAGAUUUAGAAAAGUGUUGAUUCAUAAUAUUCUGUAUUUGCUUUAUGCUUAUUCAUCAGAGGAAAGUAAUAACAUGUAAAAUGUUUUCUUUAAAAUGCUAAAGUUCAAUUAACUUAACAAUUUAGUUCAGUUAAAUUGUGUAAUUCUAUUAUAUUAAAUGUGUGCAACAAACUUUUAAUUCAGAGAAAAACUUUAAUAAUGUCCCGUGUCAUUUUGUCGCAUGUCAGUAAUGUCAUAUCUGCUUUUCUCUGAUGUAAAUCAAUAGUUUCCAUCAAGCUGCAGCUAAUAACAUAAGCAUUUCAUUAAACUUAACAUUUGUGACCACCUCUUCUUCUACUGGAGAUCAGAGGUCAUUAAAAAAAUAAAGUCCUUUAUACGUC